UAUUCUCCAAUUGGCCGCACAUCCUUGACUUCUGGAGGAGGAGACACCAAAGUAACAUCCUUUUCAUACGUUUGAGGACAUGAAGGAAGACCUGCCGGCCGUGGUGAGGAAGGUGGCCAAAUUCCUGGGGAAGGCGGUGACGGAGGAGGAGGUCGAGAGGCUGGCUGACCACUGCUCCUUCGGCAGCAUGAGCAAGAACCCGGCGGCCAACAACGAGACCUUUAUGGAGGCGCCGACGGAGGCAGCCAAAGGCAUCAAGUUUAUGAGGAAGGGAGUGGUAAGGAGGGGGGGCGAAACGCUUGGUCGCGUGCACAUUUACUCUGCAAGUAUAUGUGUGUCUGUUAAUCUGCUUAUCUAUGUCUAUCUGUCUAUCUAUUCAGUAAGAUCUAAAAUACACCAAACGGCCUCACUUACCUUGGCCAAUCUUUUAUAG